AUGACGGAGUCGCGUCAAUCUCUGGCCGUGUCUGAGCCAGCUUCAGAGACAGCAGGCGGGAACCUACUCCACGGAAGCAAAGCUCGACGGCGGCGAAGGCUCUUACGAAACCUGACGUUUCUGGUAAGGAAUAAGUUUCAGGCGUGUUGAGUGGUUCGCUUUUGUUAUUCCAACCGUGCGCUCUUCUCUAAAAAACAUAGCAUUUCUAAACAUUUGAGUGGCGAGUGGUGCUUGAUGUACCACAUAUCUGGGUAAUACAGCUGCAAUUAAACCUGCGUAAUCCCUCUUCAAAGUAAGGGUAAACAAAAUCCAUCACCUCCCAAAGUCUAUAAUUAGAAUCCCUGUUUUGAGAGGUAACUUUUGUAUUACAUAUUGGCACACAAAAACGGCCACUUCUGCGCCACACCUAGUGCAGAACCAGCAAACCCAUACAAGCUGGUAUGUGGAGGACGACUGCGACAGUGAGGUUACUCAUGCUCAGUAAAGUCACCUUCUUGAAGAACGCUGUGAAGACCUGGAAUGCAUAGGCGUGUGCUCAUUGAUAGCAGUAUGUGGGCAACCAGUUCAUUGUGGUAUCCACGCCAGGGAUAUUAAAGCAAACUCGCCUUACUCUCCAUGCUAAAAUGCAUUUACCGACAAUCCUUGGUGCCCGAACAGAUUGGAAGACGCUGUUAACGAUCCACUUGCGUAGAUGCGGUUAAUGCUGUAAGCGUGAAGCGCCGGUUUGUGGUGAUCAGUACACCAUUGCUCACAUCCAGUUGGCUAGACAUCCCGUCAAACAGAUCCCUGACUGUACUCGGGCAUUGCUUGCUCUCGUCAGCCCCUGUUACCCGGUGUCUGUUCUCCCGCAGUCGAUAAUGCUUGGCCUGCGUCAGGAGCGACGCUGUUAAUGGCAGUUGCGUGAUGUGGAGGAAUGAGUUGAUUAUAAGUAACACUUUGCAUGGAAUAUCGUUGCUCUCAUAGGCCACAUGUUAAAGUAUUAAACAAGGGGCACAAACCCAUUCAAAGUUAUGCAUGGUUCCGUCUUUGGUUUGCCUAAAUCCUUCCAAUUCUGAGAUGCGAGCUGCCUUUCGCCUUCAAUCCCUGGUGUCCGCAGUUGUUGCCUGUCCCGCCAGACUCUCCGCGCCGGCAUCAGUCCGCGCCGGUCCUAUGACGUCCGUUACCUGCUUUCCUCCUCCCUGACGCCGUUCCACCUGCCUUUCCUCAUCCGCCGAAGCUCUGUCGUCCCUCGAGGUCGAGGUCCCUGUGGAGGCCUCGCCAGUCGCUGAUACUCCGCUGACUGCCGCUCCCCGCAGCUGCUGGGGCUGCUGGUGCUGGUGCUGCUGGCAGUCGUGAUCCAUCUGGCGGUGGUGUGCGGCCGCAGCAAGGCACCGGAGCCGGCCGUGCGCCGGCCGCUGCUGCGCUGGCGGCGGACCGGCGCCUGCCCGCCCACCCCGGACCGGUGCCCGGCCGGGCCACGCCCACUGCUCGUCGUCUCGCUGGACGGAUUCCGGUACGACUACCUGCACUUCGGCGUGUCGCCCAUGCUGCAGGACAUGCUGGACUGCGGUGUGACGGCGCCCUACGUCCGCACCUCAUUUCCCAGCAAGACGUUCCCCAACCACUACAGCAUCGCCACGGGCAUGUAUCCGGAGUCGAACGGCAUCGUCGGCAACAGGAUGUACGACACGGCGCUGCCUGGCCGCCGCUUCAAGCUGGGCAAGCAAGAGAGCCUGCGGCCCGUCUGGUGGCGUGCCGAGCCGGUGUGGGAGACCGUGCGGAAGAUGGGCGGUGUGUCGGCGGUCUUCUUCUGGCCGGGCUCUGAGGUGCCCGGUCGUCUGCCGACGCAUUACAAGCGGUACGACAGCAAGGUGCCGUACGAGCAGCGCGUGACCCAGAUCAUCGACUGGCUGCUGCUGCCGGAGCCGAAGCGACCUCGCUACCUGUCGCUCUACUUCGAGGAGCCGGACAAGAGCGGUCAUAGCUAUGGCCCGAACUCGGAGCAGGUGAAGGCGGCGGUGGACCGCGUAGACGCCCAGCUGGCCAGUCUGUACAGUCAGCUGAUGGAGCACGACUUACUGGGCUGUGUGGACGUGACGGUGUCCUCAGACCACGGCAUGGCGACGGUCAGGGAGGACUGCGAAUCAGUCAUUCUGGAUGAUUAUGUGCCGGGACUUAGUAAGAACUCUACCUACGUUAACGGACCUGUCACGCGUGUCCGACCAGAUAACCAGUCGACAGUUAACGACCUAGUAGAGCAGCUGGAUUGCGCGCACCCGGCGCUGCGCGUGCUCCACCGUGACGAGCUUCCGGAGCGCUGGCACUACCAGCAGAGCAGCCGCAUCGAGCCCAUCAUUGCCACCGUCGACCAGGGCUACGGCAUGUCGGUGCCCAGCUCCGACUUCUGCAUACGUGGGAUGCACGGCUACGACAACGACUUGGUGGACAUGAGGAGCUUCUUCGUCGCCCACGGACCGUCCUUCAAGCGCAACUUCACAGCUGAUCCCUUCGAAAACAUUCAGCUGUACAGCCUGUUUCAAACACUUCUCGGGCUGCCUGACAUUGAGAACAACGCAACCAAACACAGUCUGGACCACCUGCUGGUGUCGCCACCCUCUGACCGGACCCUGAUUGGGCCUGCCCCGGUCGCGGCCUCGCCGCCGCUGGAGCAGACCCUGACCAACCCAUGCUGCACCGAGCUGGACAACUGCAGGUGUCAAGCCUUGGAGGAAUGGCUAGCGGGGACCAAGAAUGUGAGCGGCACGUUGCCACUGCCGGUAUCUGGGCGGGACGUUCUUCUGGAUGUAACUGUCGAUGGAUCCUUCGCAGCUGAGCCGUCGCCGAAGCCGUCGCGGUCGUACCGCUGGCUGCAGUACUACCUGGAGCGGGACAGCAACGGCAGCCUGACAAUGCCGCCGCUGCCGGCCGCCGACAGCCAGUGUCUGUUCCAGAGCAGCGGCCGGCCGGGACCCGUGCAAGGCUGCUCAGUUGACUCCGCAUACAGAAGCCUGGUCCACACGGGCGGCACCGACUCGUACCUGGGGCGGCUGGCUGCCAGCAUGUACCCCAUGUACCCAGCCUACCAAGAGCGUGUGCUUCCCGAGCUGCUGCGCCGGCUGGAGACGUACUCGCGGCGGUACGGACUGGUGGCCGUGCUGGCCGGGCCCGUGUACCGCUCGGAGGCUCUCGACAGAUUCGGGCAGCCGAUUCCAUCCCACUUCUUCUACCAGCUGCGGAUGUGCGGGGGCCGCGGCUGCCGCCCGGAAGAGAUUGUCCACAAGCAGUGGAUCCUGCCGCACAAGGAGCGCUUCCGGCCGUGCGAGGCGGCGGGCAAGUACGUGAACUUCCAUGAGGCGACGCUGCGGGAUGUGGAGCGCGUCUCUGGCCUGACGCUGUUCGCCGGUCAGCUGGCGUCGCAGCCGGACUCGGCCCACGGCAGCCACGCCCGCUUUAUCACCCAGCUGCCCGAGCUACGGCCGCCGCUGACCUGGUCAAAUUGAGCCGCGG